AUGAAACAGCUCAAAAGGGCGGAGUGCAAAACAGAGAAGGUCCAAGAUGGUGAUAGCUGCGCCGCAAUCGCCUUGAGGUGUGGUAUCUCCGGGACUGACUUCACCAAAUACAAAUCUGCUAAAGGCUUCUGCUCGAGGUUAAGGCCUGGUCAGCACGUUUGCUACUCCUCUGGUACACUUCCCGACUUUAGCCCAAAGCCCAACAAAGAUCGCUCAUGUGCCACAGCCACUGUUGGCGAUGGCGAAAGUUGUUCAACGAUCGCCGUGGCCAAUGGUCUUACGGAGAAAGACAUCGAUGGCUUCAAUCAAAAGACUUGGGGAUGGACCGGAUGCAAGAACAUCUUCAAAGAUUCUGUCAUCUGUGUCAGCAAAGGAUCUCCGCCCAUGCCGGCUGAGGUUUCUGAUGCCAAGUGUGGUCCCCAGGUUCCUGGCACAAAGCCUCCAAAAGACAUGAGCAAGCUUGCCGACCUCAACCCAUGCCCACUUAAUGCUUGCUGCAACACAUUUGGCCACUGCGGGACCACAGCAGAAUUCUGUACCGAUACUAACACGGGCGCCCCUGGUACUGCCAAACCUGGAACCAACGGCUGCAUCUCACACUGCGGUAUGAAUAUCGUGAAAGGAACUGCCCCCAGUGAGUUCCGCAGCAUCGGAUACUACGAAGGUUAUCAGUUCAAACGUGAUUGCUUGUAUCAAGAUGCGACGCAAGUUGAUCAUUCAAAAUAUACACACUUGCAUUUUGGUUUUGCCGAUAUCUCCUCCGACUAUGAAAUCGGCAUUUACGACAAAUCGACCAACUAUCAGUUCUUUAACUUCAAGCAUAUCUCCGGUCCCAAGAGGAUUGUCAGCUUCGGUGGAUGGGCCUUCUCCACCCAAGCAUCGACAUACCAGAUUUUGCGCCAAGGAACCAGCCCGGCUAAUCGCAAGAAGCUUACGACUAACAUUGCGAAGUUCGUGGACGAUAACAACCUUGAUGGUGUCGACAUUGACUGGGAAUACCCAAGUGCACCUGAUAAUCCUGGAACCCCACCUGGCGACAAGAGUGAAGGAGCCAACUAUCUCGCUUUCCUUGUGUUUCUGAAGAAUCUUCUUAAAGGGAAGUCUGUUUCGAUUGCUGCUCCUGGCUCGUACUGGUACCUCAAGGGCUUCCCGAUCGCAGAGAUCAGUAAGGUUGUUGACUACAUUGUCUUCAUGACUUAUGAUUCACACGGACAAUGGGAUGCAGGUAACCCCAACGCCCAGCCAGGUUGCGAUAAUGGAAGCUGUCUGCGAAGCCAUGUCAACAUGACGGAGACCCGAGAAUCCCUUGCCCUAAUCACCAAUGCGGGUGCGGACUCGGGCAAGGUGGUUGUCGGUGUCAGCAGCUACGUCUGA